GACAUGGUUACAGUUGAAACCAAAAUGACAAUCACAACGUCCCAGCUCUUUUUCUUGGUCUUCACAGCUAUACUUUUCUCUUCUGCUCAUUUUUCUGCUCAAAGUUCCAAUGAAGACGAAGAAGAUGUAAAAAAAUCCCACUUCCCAGAUGGUUUCCUCUUUGGAACAAGCACUUCAUCAUAUCAGGUUGAAGGUGCAUAUCUUGAAGAUGGUAAGGGUGCUAGCAACUGGGAUGUAUUUUGUCAUGUUCCAGGAAAUAUAAUGAAUAAUGAAAACGGGGAUGUUGCUGAUGAUCAUUACCAUCGCUACCUGGAAGACCUUAAGAUAGUGCAGUCUUUGGGGGUAAAUGCAUAUCGGUUCUCGAUUUCUUGGGCAAGAAUCCUACCUAGAGGAAGGUUUGGUGAAAUUAACCCAAGAGGAAUCAAAUUUUAUAACGAAAUCAUAGACAAUCUAUUGCUCAGAGGAAUUCAACCAUAUGUGACCAUCCACCACCAUGACAUUCCGCAAGAACUCGAGGUUAGAUAUGGGGGAUGGCUCAACCCUCUGAUACAAAAAGAUUUUGUGUAUUUUGCCAAAAUUUGUUUUGAGAAGUUUGGAGAUAGAGUAAAGUACUGGGCCACAAUCAAUGAGCCGGGCCUCUUCGUCAAUAGGGCCUAUAUAUGGGGAACAUACCCACUGGGUCACUGUUCAAAGCCUUUUGGAAAUUGUUCUUCUGGCAAUUCUGACAUAGAGCCUCUUAUCGCCAUGCACAACAUGUUGCUAUCACAUUCCAUGGCUGUUCAUUUAUAUCGUAAGCAAUAUCAGAUGAAACAUGGUGGGUUUAUUGGGAUCGUUGUAAAUGCAUUAAUGUAUGAACCCCUUACGGAUGAAGAAUUGGAUCGGCAAGCUGUUAAUAGAGCAUUGGCAUUCGAUUUGUAUUGGAUACUAGAUCCCCUAGUGUUUGGUGAUUACCCUCCUGAAAUGCGCCAUAUACUUGGAAGUGAAUUGCCAAGGUUCUCCCCUACAGAAAGAAAACUUAUAAAAGGCAGUCUCGACUUCAUUGGCAUCAAUCACUAUUCAACUCUAUAUGCAAAAGACUGCACCCAUUCUGCUUGCACUGAUGGCGAAGAUCGCCCAAUCCAAGGCUUUGUAAACACCACAGGAUAUCGAGAUGGCGUUGCAGUUGGAGGACUGACUGGAAUGCCAAGGUUUUUUGUCGUUCCAGAAGGCAUGGAGAAGAUCAUUGACCACGUUAAGAAAAGAUACAAUAACAAGCCCAUGUUUGUGACUGAAAAUGGGUUUACGCCACCAGAGAAACAGAGUGAACAGGUGCAGGACUUACUAGAAGAUAUAGACCGAAUCAAGUUUCAUAAGGCCUACCUUGCUGCUUUGGCCCGAGCAAUAAGGAGUGGGGCGGAUGUGCGAGGAUAUUUCAUAUGGUCCUUGAUGGACAACUUUGAAUGGGUACAUGGUUACAAAAAAAGGUUUGGACUUUACUACGUUGAUCGCCAAACGUUGAAUCGCACUCCGAAACUUUCUGCUAGAUGGUUUACAAGUUUCCUUACUAACAAUAGUCACAGCAAUAAAGAUGAAUUCUGGGGCGACUCGUUCAGAAACAAAGACAUGCUUAAAAGAUCAGGGGAUAAGAAAGCAGAUAUAUAAUUCUAUCAUAAAAUCAUUCUGAUUUGCUUUUUAUUAUUGUUCUAUUAUUCGAUCUUGUGGUGCACAGCCAUUGUUUAUUUGAUUAGAUGAUAACGAAUAAGCAGUAAGCUUCACUAAAGACAAAAUGUUAGAAGAUGCAGUAAGCAUGACUUUAAAGAUAAAGGAUAGUGCAAAAUGUUGUGGCAA